CAUAAUUUUUCAUCCCUUCAAGCUUUCCUUACCCAAGUAAAGCUUCACAGCAAUGAACUCCAGCCAAACAAUGCAUAUACAUAUAUAACCUGAGAUACCUAGGUAGGGUAUACAACCUGCCGGGCUCCUAUCAAUUGUUCCCAAAUGGAGAAUUGGUUCAAGGAAGUGGGUAGACCCGCCCUAUUUGACGCCCUUGCCGGAGCCUGUGAUCGAAUUGACAAUGCCCUUGAUGAGGAACUCAAAUCGCGUAUAGCGGAGAAUACACGACUUUCCACGGAGCUCGAACAUUUAAAGAGCCGGGUCUCGGACGUAGAUCAAUUAAGAGAGGAAAAUCGAUCUCUACAGAGAGAAAUCCAGAACCUCAAGGAUGGAUCUAGGAAUUCCCGACUUCCUCUCGCCCCUAAGUCUGUAAACCAAGUGUCAAAUCCAAAACGAUCCAUCGAACUCGGAAAGAAUAAACUUGAUGAGUUGAAGUUUUCUGAGCUCAAAGAAGAACACCUGAAGCUUGGAGGAAACUACGGAAAACUGCGUGAGAAGUAUUCAGAGCUUGAAGAUGCCCAUACAAAAUUAAAUCGGCGACUUCGCGACAUGACGAAAGCGUAUAAUCGAUGGAUGGACCAUGCAAGUCAGUUAAAUGAACUAUGUCAGAAGCGUAGCCGCACGAUCAAGAAGCUGGAGGCUAGAUUGGACGCUGCAACAGCCGAGGCUUCUAUUUCGUUCAAUGCUAGCUUUUCUUCCGACGGUUCCGUUCCACCUGAACAUAGGCAGCCAACAACUACCUCUAAAUUGGCCGAACCGAACGCCCUCAAUGGUCGUGAUUUAGUAAGGUCUAAUUCCAUAUCGGUGGAGUCCCCAUUGCUAUGGCCAUCUACCAAUGAGAACGGCUCCGGCCACGAGUCUCUUAGAAGUACCAUCUCUACCCCUCCGGAGCUAACGAAAUUUAAGAAUGGGCUACGAUUCGAUCAUGGAAGAGACGUUACGCUUCACUCGGAUGGUCAUAUCAGCACACAAGAUGGAGAGGAAGCUUCAUUGCCACCUCUCCCGCAUGAUCAAGGUGCAGCUUUGGAAGAGGUGCUAAUCAAGCACGAACCAUCUUCGGAUACCCCGGUUGUAGUAUCGGAGCGCUGUUUGCGCAAGAGAAAGCAUGACUAUGACUGGACGGGGGAUGUUCGAGCUGUCGUUAGAGUGAAGGCUGAAGAAGAUGGGUCUGAUCCACGGAUUACUAACGAGCAUCGCCAAUUUGUGCCGCAUGAAAGCAUCGACUUCGAUGCUGAAGGGGGCAGAGUGGACACACCCAGGAAGCGCAGUAGAAUCAACCCCGAGCUUGAGGACGUAUCUGGCUUGAACAAUCCUUGGUCAGAUGCCGAAAAUGAUGGCUUGGACGGAUAUCGUGAUGAAAUAACACGAUUGAAUGAGAAUCCCAAGAACACAGCUACCAAAAUCAGUACAGCUCACCACCCACUAAGUCUGCAGAAUAAACCCUCUUCCGCAUUGAAACCCUUAGAUAGCAGCAUCGUGCCUCGACAAAGACCAAAAGCCUACAAUUUCACGAAGCGGAAUGAGCUGCCAUCUUUACGCCGCAAUGGAAUCUUGAGUCUGGCAGAAGAUGGUGAUGAAGAUGAGACUCCGAAGACCAACACAAAAAAGAUAUCAAAGACCGGCCGACUUCGACACCUUUUCAAUAAUCCUACACCCACACAUGAAACUAUCACCCCAACGAAAAGCGUGCUAUCAGACCGGGUGAAUACAUCUGCGAUCUUGGAGUCUCAAGCACCCCAAAGGCGUGAAUUACCAUUUGGGAAGAGUGGGUUAACGCCUUUUGAGAGGAAAGUUGAGAAGACAAUUAGUCCACUCAUUACUCCAGAAACAACAAACAGCAGACGAGCUUCCACAAACGCUACUAUGAAGCAAAGUACGAACCGACGUACUGAACGGAGAUCAACGAGCGGUGCGGCUGGUAAUGCAACGCCCUUGAGAGAACGUCCAAAGUCCCAGCUAGGCAUUAACGAUUUCAAAAUCAACCCCAAUGCUAACGAAGGUUAUGAUUUUGCUUUCACCGAUGUCGUUCGAAACAAAAAUGAACGAGCCAGCCUAGCCGGAUGUGUCCAGGAGGGCUGUUGCGGCCAGACAUUUCGACUACAAGCGCGCGUCCAGCGGGGCCAAACUAGCCCCUCAGAUUUCCAAGCGUUGUUGGAGAAAUACCUAGGUGACGACGCAUGGAAGUUGUCAACGAUGGCCAAACCAGAGAAGGAAGAGCUAUGGCUUGAUGCUAAAACACAAGAGCUUGCUAACGAACACGGCAAACAUCGCCAUAGAUUCCACCGCGCGGCAUCCCCAGUAGGCUAUUGGCGAACAGAUUUCCCGAGUACUCAAGAAGAACUACGGGACAAGGAGGAAGCGGCUAAGAUGGCACGCCAAACUGUUGAAGAAAGAUAUAGGGAGGCUAUGCGACCUGGCGGGAGAUGGUUGUUCAGAGAUGAAUAGGUUCGGAUUCGCCGAUAGAAUCUAUGAAAGACUCAGGGGCAACCCUAUGAUGCAUUACUGUUUGCUGGCAUUGGGUGGAAAAUAUGGUUUGUACCGAGGAGCUCCCAAUCUUAGCAGCAUACACGGCUAUCUUGGCACAUGCAUAUAUUAAUGUAUAGCUUAGUACGAAGCGUUGGUACCUAUGAAUAGAGUAAAGAACAAUCGAAGUCCCC